AUGAUAAGCGAUCAAACAAAACACCGUGACCCACCCCCACCCUGCAACUUGGUCCGCCUCAAGACACCUGUCGUCUUUCGCAAUUAUCAUCACAGUGCUGCCACUUCCACAGCCUCCAGUGAUCCGCCUGUCCCCGCCACAUCCUCUCCACCUCCUCCGACCCAUCUUGGAGUAAUGAGCAGCACAUUUAAAUUACACGCAUUCCCACCCAACCCAGACCAACCCCUCGUUCACAUGUCCCAAAUUUCGCCCAGGCAAACGCCUCCACCCCGUCCAGUAGAUCACGCCGCGUUUGUCUUCUUCUUCGGCGGUGGUCGUUUCGCCUGCACAACGGAACGAGGAAUGAAGCGCGUCAAAUCGCUCGGUAUCGCGGCGGAACUUGUCUCCGCGGUAUCGCGAGGGCGCUUUGAAGUCGAGGGAGACUGUGGAUCGGGUUCUGACGGCAUCGAUCGAAACAUCAUGGCCUGUUGGACAGCAAUUGGGAUCCUAAAACGGAAGCUGGAGAAUGAAGCAAUAGUCGGUGGGCAGCACCAGCACCAUCAAAUCGGGGAGCAGCGACUGUUGAAAGCAGGCGAUUCGAGGCCCAAACAGUCAUUUGCACGAGUUGAAGCCGUGUUGGUAAUUGGGCACGAUUUUCUGCCAACAAAAUGGCCCCAUGCUGCGGAAGUGACCCGCUUUGCAUUGCUCCACCCUCCCCCCUCUGAUCCCGGACUUCCGGAGGGGAGGGCGCGGUGCAGCACCUCCGGGAAAUCGAUCUGGAAUGACACCGACGGAGGGUCGCUUGUGUGUGCGCAGCACGACGGCGCCGUUGACGUCUGGAAUCUGCUGAUAGCUAGUGAUGUUGAAGGUGCUUUAGAUAUCAAGGCACCAGCUUCAACGCCAUCACAGACCCCUCUUGGUGUUUGCUUGCCAAAGACCCCGUUGUCAAUGGCAACAAGAAAUGCCGCCAUUGCGUGGCAUACAAGUGAUAGAAGCACACGAUCUGGUCGUGAAGGUGACCUCAUCACGGGACUGCCUGGACCACUACGUCGAGACGACACCGGGAGACACACGGACCACCGCCAGGUGUGGCGAUGGUGCGGCCCUCCCCUGCCACUCACUCCAGUUCCCCUCCGAACUCCAUUGGUCAACAACCCUCGUUUGUCAUGCCUGUCGUGGGUGGACUGUAGACCGCGCGACCUUGAACGACAAGACCGUCCGGAUAAGAAAAAUCGAUUCGAUUUGAUGGUGCAGAGCGAGGCACAAGCUCGUCUCCUCACUGCUCCAAUUAAACGAGGAAUCGGAGGCAGCGACUGGGUUGAAGAUUAA